GACACCAGACAGGCCUCAAGCGCUACGCGAGGCACGCGCAGGGGCGCAUAGCUGCGCCCUACCGGAGCUCGUCGCCGGGUCCGCGGCCGGCGCCGCCGGCCCGCGUGUUCCGGCACGCCGGAACCCAAACGCCUGCGCUGGAGCUGCCGGAGCCGCUGUUUGACUUGUUCGGCAACGUGAACCCGGACCACGAAGAGGCGCAUUACGCCCAGCGGGUCAAAGACAAAGCAGAGAGCGCCACGGAGGCGGCGGCCGAGGCGCAGAAGAGGGCAGACACGGCUCUGAGGAGGGCGGAGAGGGCCGAGCUUGCCCAGGAAGACGCCUUCGCCACGGCGCGCGCGGCGCAGGAGAAGGCCGCGGCGGCCUUGGCGGCAAAGGAAGAGGUUCUGAACGCCGUGGCCGCGGCGGAGGCCGACCUCGACCUUGACCGGGGGGUCAACUUCCGCGCGCGCCGCCGAGCGCGCGGCCGCUGCGAGGGCAUGGGGCAGAGCGCCCUCCGGCUCCAGAAGCAGGGGUGCGAAAAGAAGCUCGCGGACCUGAAGCAGGAGCGCAGCAGCCGCCCCGCGGAGGCUCUGGCAGUGGCAGACGGCGAUGUCGCAUCGAUUCUGAUUACCUAUCCGCAGGUGAUCGACGAGCUCCGCGUGGGGUAUUGGCACGAAAGAGGUUGCAAAACCACGCUCCAGGGGGAGCUCGAGGCCACGAAGGAGGAGAGGAGCUCCGCCGAGGAGCAGCGCGUCGCCGACGCUAGCUACAAGCGCCCCAGGCAGAACUACGGCGGCUGGCGCGGCCGCGGCGGCGGGGGCAACGACGGCUGGCGCGGCGAGAGCUGGGGCGGCGGCGGCUCCGGCGCGGCCCGGGGCAAGGGCGACAGGGGCAGCCGGGGCGCGGCGAAGGGGGCGAACGCAGCAGACGCGCCCCAGAACGCCGGGGCGGCAGAGACCAGCUGGGGGAACUGGCGCUCCCACUGGCUGAGCAGCGCCAGCGAGGAGAAGACCGAGUUCUGA